AUGGGGGGGGUGCAGCUCCUGGCCCUGCUGACCCUCCUGGCUCCCCCGGAGAUUUUGGGGAUCCCCGGGGACCCCCUGGGGGUGCUGAGCGCCCUUCCCGGGGGUCUCUCGAUGCCCGGGGGGGUGUCGGUGAUUUUGGGGGGGGGUCCCGGACGCCCCCCGUGCCGGCCCGUGAAUGUGACGGUGGCGCUGGAGAAGGAGGAGUGUCCCCAGUGCCGGGCGGUGACAGCCACGGCCUGCGGGGGGUUCUGCAGGACCAGGGAGCCGGUUUACCGCAGCCCCCUUGGCCCCCCACGCCAGGCCGCCUGCACCUACUCGGGGGUUCGCUACGAGCGCUGGAUUUUGGGGGGCUGCCCCCCCGGCAUCGACCCCUCCGUCACCGUCCCGGUGGCCCUGGGCUGUCGCUGCGGCCGCUGCCCCAUGGCCGCCGCCGACUGCGUCGUGCUGGGGCUGGGACCCUCCUUCUGUGGGGCUCCGGGGGGGUUUGGGGGGUCUUGA